AACAGCGCGUGAAGCGUGUACGGGUCUGAUAGUGCGCGUAUGACAGAGAGAGAGGGAGAAAGAGAGGAAGAGAGAGAGAGGGAGGGAGAGAGAGAAAAACGAAAAGGCUGAGAGAGCGGAUGAGAGAAAGAAGGGGGAGUGAGAGACCGACACUGACAGAGCUGCUGCUACCGCUGCUGCCACAAGCACUCUGAGAGAGGAAGAGAGGGAGGGAAAGCGUGGCUGCCUCCGUUCACAACCCAGCUGGUGCUGCACACCUCUGCACACACACACGCGCUUGUGUGUUUGUGUAUGUGUUUUUUCUUGUGUGUGUUUGCGCGCGCUGCGUGGCUGCACGCACAUGUUUCUGAAAUAGACACCUGGCCACGGAUUGACUGAUGAGAAACGGCACACUGGUCUGGCGGGUGAGCCCCGGUCUGUUCCACUGCGGGCGAGAGAGGACCGGGCACCUGGCGGCUCCCGCGUGACCUGGCGUGACGCGACGGCUAGGAUGGGCUGCAAUUUGUGCACUUUGCAGAAGAGAGAGGAACACUACAAGCUGCUCUACGAGAUUGCCCAGGUCAAUGGGAAGGACCUGUCUCGUGCCAGCCAUGAGGAGGCGGUGGAGGCCUUCCGCAGUGCCAAGGACCCCAUCGUGGUGCAGGUCCUCAGACGGAACCCUGUGGCACGACCCCAUGGGCCCGCUCAGGAGGUCCAGCUGGUGGACGUGUGCACACAGACGGAGAUCACGUUCGAGCACAUCAUGGCGUUGGCCAAGCUUCGCCCGUCAACACCGCCCGUGCCUGAUAUCUGCCCCUUCCUGCUCUCAGACAGUUGCCAGUCUCUGCACACAGGGCAGGAGUACUACGAUGGCUCUGCGUACCUCUCAAACGUGGGGCAGGAGUACUACGAUGGCUCUGCGUACCUCUCAAACGUGGCGGCGGGCGUCGAGAGGAUGGAUGACUUUGAGUACGAGGAGGUUGAGCUGUGUCGGCUGGUCAGUCAGGAGAAACUUGGCCUGACGCUGUGCUACAGGACAGAUGAUGAGGACGACAACGCUAUCUACGUCAGUGAGGUUGGUCCAAACAGCAUUGCCGCCAGAGAUGGGCGCAUUCGAGAAGGGGACCGCAUCUUACAGAUAAAUGGUCAGGACGUGCAGGACAGAGAGGAGGCGGUGGUGGCGCUCUCCAGCGAGGACAGCAGGAGCAUUGUGCUGCUGGUGGCCAGACCCGAGCUGCAGCUGGAGGAAGGCUGGUUGGAUGAUGAGCACAGCGAGUUCCUGGAGGAGCUGAAGAUGGAGAUGUUGGAGGAGCAGAGGAGAGAGGAGGAGGAGAUGGACAGAGCUGCUAAGCUACAGGAGCAGCCCUGGAGGAGACUGGAGAGUGACAUCAGCGGCGACACGCCCACCUGUUCCUCCUCGGCCAACCAGGACAAAGACAGCGGCCUGGGCCACGCCCACGUGAGCUCGGAGCAGGAGAUGCUGAGCCACAUCCACAGGAGACUGACCCGGUGCCUGCGGGAGCGUCGGGAGGUGGAGGCGUCCGGCCUUGAGGCGGUCAGUCAGAAGCCCGGGCGCGGGAAGCGGUCAGCAAGCCCGCGAGGAAGCGGAUCCGGCCCGAAGCGGGGCGAGAGGCGGCGUGUCCAGCAGCUGCUGGAGCUCAAAUGCCAGAUCCGCAACAGCGGCGAGUACGACCUGUUCUACAGCCGCAGCAGCACCAUCGAGUGCAGCCGGGCGGAGUCGGGUGGAGGCGUGGGGGGGGGGGUGGAGCACGAGCUGAGGAUGCUCAACGAGGAGCUGCGCAGCAUCGAGCUGGAGUGCCAGAGCAUCAUGCAGGCGCACCAGCUACGCAAGCGCGACCCCCGGACGCCGCCGCUGGUCAAGGAGCCUGGUCGCGGUGGGGGCAGCCCACGCCGACACCACCAGAGCCAGGUUGGGGGCAGCGGCACGGCCGGCAAGCUGGCCGACAUCAACGAGCACCCGGAGAAGUCGGACAAGGACAACAGCUCGAGCGCCUACAACACUGCGGAGAGCUCGCGCAGCACACCGUUGGCCAUGGACCGCUCGCCCGAGCACUCGCUGCAGCGGCUCGUCAGCCUGACCAACCAGCGCAACCUCUGCAGCACCCUGGCCGCCACCGCCGGACGCUCUCCCUCCUCCCCGUCGUCCACUUCCUGUCCGGCCCGCCGCGCACCCAGCGGGAGCCCUGACCACAGCAACCCGUCCGAGUCGGAACAGACGCCGCCGCCGGCCGACGAGGAAGCCUCCAGCAGCCCCGCGGCGGCCCGGUCAUCCCGCAUCCCCUACUUCUCCCCCAGCCACAGCUCACCCCACCGCCACGCCCACAUCCCGGCGCACGCGCGCCACUACCAGAGCUACAUGCACCUGGUCCAGCAGCGGUCAGCCGUGGAGUAUGCUCAGAGCCAGCUCAGCCUGUUCAGCAUGUGCCCCGAGCCCCAGGUGCAGCCGGAGCAGACGAGUCCAUCGCUCGACCCCAAGCUGGAGUGGAAGGUGAAGGUGCUUGUGGCGGCCGCCAUAUCACCAAGCGGCGGUGCGUGUGACCGGCUUCUCUUGUGGCCGCUCAAGAUCAGCGAGGAGCGCAGCGGGGGAAUGACCACGGACGACGACGCCAUGAGCGAGAUGAAGAUGGGUCGCUACUGGAGCAAGGAGGAGCGCAAGCAGCAGCUGACCCGCGCCAAGGAGCAGCGGCGCCGACGCCAGUUCAUGCAGCGCAGCCGUCUGGAGAGCCUACGCGAGAACCCUCAGAGUGGCGGAGAAGGAUCCGGAACCCCAGGCCCAGCGUCCAGCGGCUCGCCCCGCAAGGAGGUCAACAUCAUUGAGCUCAGCCACCGCAAGAUGAUGAAGAAGCGCAACAAGAAGAUUCUGGACAACUGGAUGACCAUCCAGGAACUGAUGACCCACGGCGCCAAGGCGCCCGAGGGAGCCAAAGUCCACAACGCCUUCCUGUCCGUCACCACUGUAUAGAACACUGGACAAAGCGAAACCAAGACAAGGACAACGGAAACAAACUCUACCCCAUGCGGUAUUAUCUACUUUGCCUCGUUCAAUGUGGCAUUUUUAUGUGGAGAGAAAAGACGCGUAAAGAAAACUAUUUUUCACACUUUGUAACCUGAAUAGCAUUUUAUAAACAAUUUGAAUAACUGUCUCAUUUCAUAUCUCGCAUAUUAUUGUUUCUUUUUCCCUUGCUGUUUUUCAUCUUUCGGAAAUGCUUUUAUAUGAAACUACCAAGCCAAGUGCAUUUUUUGUUUAACCUGUAUGUGACAUUCAACAAUCAUGAUUUUAUUUUUGUACUGUUGCAUUCCAUGAGUAGAGCCGUGUUCCUGGUAGGUAAGGUUUUAAUACGAAUGUAAAACACCCCACAACAGCUCUCCUCACUGGUUCAUGGGAAAUGUAGUCUGCUGCAGGGUUUUUAGCAUUCUUUGGAUACUGUUUCAUGGGAAAUGUAGUCUGCUGCAGGGUUUUUUUUUUUGAACAACUUUGGUACUACUUUGUAUUCAGUACGAUGGCGUGACACAGCAGUAGGUAGAUGACACAUGGGUUGAUGACAUGACACCAAUGAACACCAAACUAUUGAACCAGCAUAUCUUCUCAGGAUUUGAUUACCCAGACUUCCCUUGAUACACAGGU